AUGCCGAAUUCUCGCCGAAAUCUCUGGGAGAAUUCUCCCCAGGGGAACCCGACCUUCUGCCUCGCAAUGCUCCAGAACCCAGAUAUCCAGAGGAAAGCUCAGAAAGUCAUCGACGAAACCAUGAACUUGUCCGAGGGAUUGCCCGACUUUACACACUAUGGCAAAAUGCCCUACAUCGAAGCGCUGGUGCAGGAGGUAUUUCGAUGGAGGCCCGUCGCACCUAUCGCUGUGCCACAUAGAGUGAUCCAGGACGACGUUUACGAGGGGUAUCAUAUCCCCGCGGGCGCUACUGUUAUCCCCAACUCAUGGGCCCUUGCACACGAUCCAGCACACUACGGGUGGAACCCCUCCAAAUUCGACCCAACCAGGUUCCUCAACGAGUCCCAAACUGCGAUAAACCCCAGCAUGCCGAUGGGGUACGAAGCCUUCGGUUAUGGAAGGAGGAUAUGUCCUGGUCUCCAUAUCGCCGUGGAGACUGUCUGGUUGGCGAUCGUUUCGAUCCUUGCGGUGUUCAAUAUCGAGCCCGUCGAGGGUACGGAUGUGUCUGAGCUGGACCGGUACACGUCCGGGUUGAUCCUCCACCCGUUGCCGUUCAAGUGCAAGUUCGUGCCUCGUUCGGAGGUUGCGGUGCAGGCUGUUCGGGAGGGUUGA